AUGGAUGUGUUCAGUAAUCUUUCCAAUGGAACUCCUCCUUGUACCUAUAUGAAGCGACAAAUACAAGAUUCUAGGGGCAGGAAACCAGCUUACGUAUGUACAAGUGCAGAUGGGCAAUAUAUUGCAAUACUAUAUUUUCCUAGAUCUAGUAGAUCGAUAAAAAAGUCACUGUGCCACCUCGAUAAAUCGGUGUCUAGCGCUAUGAAAAUGAAGCUACGCUCGCAAAUCAUAGGGGAAUCCACAGGUUAUGAGAAUGAUGUUCCCCUGUAUACAAGCUACAAUUCUUACUUGAAGUUCAUAACAGAUCUUGAUAAAUUUGAUAUUUACGACGAAAUAGAGGCUUUUAGUGGUUUUUGUGAUGAUUCCACUAAAGCAGAUAAUAAAUCUAAACCACAUCUCAAUGAUGGCAAAAAAAAAUUUCUAAAUUUAAAAAUGGCAAAUAAUAUAGAUUAUAAUGAAAAUUACAACGCUUAUAUUGUGAUAUAUGAUACCUUCUUUAUGAAUCCAGUCACUGAAAUUGUUUUAGAUGAUUUUACCCACCUCACAAAUAAGACUGCACGGGGUAUUUCUAAACGAAUAUUUCACACAUUCUUCAUCAAAUUUGUACUCGGAGACUCUUUCUUACUCUGUUUCAUAAAUGAUACUCUGUGGAUAAUACAUAACAAUUACUUAUCGCACAAUUACUUUCUCAAGUUGACACUGGUGCCUAUCAAAGCCCAUAACUCAAAUGGUGGACCGGUGUCACUGGACACGAUUGACUUGGUUUCUGUCUUAAAAAAUGGGUUUAAGAGCACCACAAAUGAUUUAAUCCAUGAUGAUUGUACACAUACUGGAUUAAUUGGCAAUUUUAUCGAGUUAAAUAAUUUCCCUCUUUACCAGUGCAGCCACGAGGGCUACACCUGUGAAUUGAUUAUACACUAUGAAAAUCAAUUUCCAAUUAGAGCAGCUUUUUGUCAUACACAACAGGCACAUAAUAGGUGUGAUAAGUGUGUGCAUUUGAAGUGUAUUGAAUUUUUUUCUCCAAAAAUUGAACUUGCUAAUAUUACCAGUUUAAGCUGCGUUGCCAGUGCCAUGAUCGUUGAUUGCAAGUAUGUAUACUAUGAUGAAAACGGCUCCACUAUGGAGUGUGAUAAGCCAUGGGUGGAUUAUUCUAAUGGCUUGGAAUUUAUAGAACACCUAAUCACCAUGAAAGAUGGGCAGAUAAUUCUUCCAGCACAAAGCGCCAACCAAUGUUACGAUGUUUACAAAAGGGAAUUUUUUUGUAACAUCCUAAUCGCAACUAUUCUAUCACACAAUACGGGUCUCAUACUUGUUUUGUCAGAUUUAAAUCGCAAUGCAAUAGCGACUACUACCAUUCCACACUCGAAUUCGAAUAGCCCCUUCACAAUAAAACACAGUCACAACUGUAGUUACAUAUGCUGUUAUUCGCAACACCUUUUGGCCAUUAUUAAACUUCAAAGCUCGGCAAAUAACACAAAAACAAAUGCAAACUAUCUCAUGAAUGUUAUAUAUAUGGUGGAUCCUAGUGGAGAUGACGCUGUGGGCGAUUUUGUGGACGUGGCCUUCGGUGGAGACCCUCAGUCUAGAUGGCUGUACAUAUCAAUGCACCGUGGUACUACCAACGACAUUUUGUGUCUAUAUGACCUGAAGAAACUAGAUCGGCAGAGCAUGACACAGGCCAAAGAGUAUACCAGACCUCACAUUGAACUCAACCUCAACAGCACACUAUUGCCCAUGUGUAUACAAAUUGUUACGGUGCCUUGCAGUAACAUGUUGCUAUUGAUGCCUAACCACCAAAGGUAUAUAACGGUUUUAACGCCCGAAUAUGCGGAAAACUGGGAUAACACUGCAACGCGCAACUUCAAGCGAUUCCCCAUUUUCUCAACAAACAAAGAAAUGCUGCAGUUGCACUUUGUUUGGGAGGAUGUACAAAUUGAACCUGUGGCUAAACAAACAACUCUACCCAGUCUUACACGACCCACAUUUUGUUAUCACCGUGGGUGCACUGGGAUAGACUCGCACAUUAAAUAUCUCUAUGCAUUGAAUCUUGAGCUUAAUAUCAGAUAUAACCAGCAUUCCAGCGGCGUUCCUGGUAUCUAUUCAAUUUGGCCAUGUAUGGAAUCUUUGCUUUCUGUUAGCGAUUGCUGUACUAAUGCUGCAGAGAUUAAAUUACCCCCGCUAAGGCGAGUUAGGUACUAUGGGCUAGAUUGUAUAAACAAAUUUCAAACCGAGUGUGAUAAUUGUAUCUCUGAGAGAUUUGAUGGGUCGGGGAUUUGUACUUCUAUAUCCAGAUCGAUAUAUGGCGUGACAACUUCUCUGAUGGAUGAGAUUUAUAGUUUGCACAAAAAAGGGUUACUACGUAGUAACAAUUGGUGCCAGAGCAUGCUUUUCUAUGGCAAUAACUACCUGAAAAUUUUGAAUCAGAUGUUGGAAAUUAUGGCAAGCAACAGUAAUUUGUUUAGUGUUGAACAUUUUAACGACUACGGAGAUAGAUUGGCUAAGCUUAGGGGAUUUUGGUUUGCAAGAAUGGAGGAUAGGGGUAUCGCACUGAGGAAGAAAAGUGCCUCUAGUGUUCCUUUCCAAUCGCUAAACCGCCCCAGCACAUUCCAAAUACUAGAAGAGUAUGCUCAUCUUAUAGCUGAAAAGCUUGAUGAUAAGCGCGCUACAACAUCCAAAAGUGAUAACGUUGAGAAGGCUGCAAAGGUUGCAAGGCGAGGGACUGGAAUUGCUGAUGCCGAUUGCCAGCAAAAGAGAGUGGUUAGAUUGCCAAAUGGAAAUUUAGUGUCUAGCGAUUUAUUAUCUAUCAUUCCUGAAAGUAAGCUACCGUUCUCGGUGUUAAACAAUGCUUCACUGGGGGCCAGAGUGGAUUCACUUGACGAGUUGAAGAGGGGUACUGCAGAGGUAGCACUUGGGAUGUAUUAUCUUAAAAUGGAGUUGGAUGAAAAAAAUGUCAAGCUGCCUAAGAAUCUGCGAAAACUUCUUGCCUUUCUAGCCCAAGCAUCUGUAGCGCAUCACACAUAUGUUAACAGCCAACACCACAACUAG